CAGUCCUGAUCCCGGAUCGCAGCAGGAGUCGCCCCGGGCUGCCUUCGGGGUAGAUCUACGAAGUGUUCUCCGGCAGGUAGGGGUGAGUGCCCGGGUCCAAGUCCCGGUCCAUUGUCCUCUGUUGCCGCUUCUGUAAAUCCCCGUGCGCGGGGCUUAGGGCGAGCGGCUGGCUGCAGGCGCUGGACCUCGAGCAGGGCGCGUAGGCGAGCCCGCCGGGCCACCCGUGCCAUGGGGCUACGCGGUGGUGCGACCGGGACUCCGGGAUCCGCAGGAGACGAGCCCCUUCGUCCUUCCGUCCCGUGCGCAAUUACAAGAACCCAUUCCCAGGCCUCUGACCCGGGGUCGCCGCCCCCUCCCUGUGCUUGUGCCGGCAGGUGCCAGACAGCUGAGGACCCGAAAGAGUUAAGGCCACGGGCCCCAGCGCUGCCCUGAGCCCCGGGCGCGGCAGUGGCCGGCUGCUGGCCGUCGAGCGCGGAGGCGCGGGGGCCACGGUGGCGGGCGGGUUGCGCUUCCUCCUCCUCCUCCCUCCGCCUCCGCCUUUGUAACGAGUUCCCGGCCCCUCUCCUCCCCCGCCCCCAGCCCGGGCCCGCUCGCUCCCUCGCUCCCUUUCUUCCUGCCUCGCCUUCCUGCAGCGAAGGAGGCUCAUCUAUUAUAAAUGCACAGUCGGGGCUGACAUCAGCGGCGACGAGCGGUCCCCGCGCGCUGCCCGCUCGGAGCGCAGCCCCCAGGCUCGGCCCAGCCGCCGGCGGGGCGCAGGGAGCGCGUCAGACCCUUCCCGCCGCCCGCACCGCUGCCCGCUUUCCUGCAUGACUGUCACAAAGAUGUCCUGGCGUCCGCAGUACCGCAGCUCCAAGUUCCGAAACGUCUACGGGAAGGUGGCCAACCGUGAGCAUUGCUUUGACGGCAUCCCUAUCACCAAGAAUGUGCACGAUAACCAUUUCUGCGCUGUCAAUGCCCGCUUCCUGGCCAUCGUCACUGAGAGCGCUGGGGGCGGCUCCUUCCUCGUCAUCCCCCUGGAGCAGACAGGUAGGAUCGAGCCCAACUACCCCAAGGUCUGCGGCCAUCAGGGCAACGUGCUGGACAUCAAAUGGAACCCCUUCAUCGACAACAUCAUCGCCUCAUGCUCCGAGGACACGUCAGUGCGGAUCUGGGAGAUCCCCGAGGGCGGGCUGAAGCGGAACAUGACAGAGGCGCUCCUGGAGCUGCAUGGGCACAGCCGACGCGUGGGGCUGGUCGAGUGGCACCCUACCACCAACAACAUCCUCUUCAGUGCUGGCUAUGACUACAAGGUACUCAUCUGGAACCUGGACGUGGGCGAGCCAGUGAAGAUGAUCGACUGCCACACGGACGUGAUCCUCUGCCUGUCCUUCAACACAGACGGCAGCCUGCUUACCACCACAUGCAAGGACAAGAAGCUACGCGUCAUUGAGCCCCGCUCAGGCCGCGUUUUGCAGGAGGCAAACUGCAAAAACCACAGAGUGAACCGAGUGGUGUUCCUGGGAAACACAAAGCGGCUCCUCACCACGGGGGUCUCCAGGUGGAACACAAGACAGAUUGCUCUCUGGGACCAGGAGGACCUGUCGAUGCCCCUGAUUGAGGAGGAGAUUGACGGCCUCUCUGGUCUCCUGUUCCCCUUCUACGACGCCGAUACUCAUAUGCUCUACCUGGCAGGAAAGGGGGAUGGAAACAUCCGAUACUACGAGAUCAGCACGGAGAAGCCCUACCUGAGUUACCUCAUGGAGUUCCGCUCCCCAGCCCCACAGAAGGGCCUAGGGGUCAUGCCCAAACAUGGCCUGGACGUGUCAGCCUGCGAGGUGUUCCGCUUCUACAAGCUGGUCACGCUCAAGGGCCUCAUCGAGCCCAUUUCCAUGAUCGUGCCCCGGAGGUCGGAUUCCUACCAGGAAGACAUUUACCCCAUGACUCCAGGCACGGAGCCAGCUCUGACCCCGGAUGAGUGGCUGGGAGGCAUCAACCGAGAUCCUGUACUGAUGUCUUUGAAAGAAGGCUACAAGAAGUCCUCCAAACUGGUAUUCAAGGCCCCCAUCAAAGAGAAGAAGAGCGUUGUGGUCAAUGGCAUCGAUUUAUUAGAGAAUGUCCCGCCCAGGACGGAGAACGAGCUCCUGCGCAUGUUCUUCCGGCAGCAGGAUGAAAUCCGGCGGCUGAAGGAGGAGCUAGGCCAGAAGGACAUCCGCAUUCGGCAGCUGCAGCUGGAGCUCAAGAACUUGCGCAACAGCCCCAAGAACUGCUAGCUUCCGCGGGGGCUGCCGCGCCCGCCCGUCGCCGCCGUGUCUCCACUUGCUGGGACCUUCCCCUUUCUCCCCGGCCCCAGCCGCGCAGCUAGGAGUGGAGCCCACAGUGGUGGGCUGGAAGAGAACUGGGACCUCCUGAGGCCUGCCCUCCUUUCCUGGAGACCGCCAGCUGGCAGCCCC